AUGUUGAGGAGUAAAGUAUCUAAUUGGGGUCUAUGGAGGACCUACUAUACAUCAUCACUGAGUAAAGUGCCUAGAGCACCCCCAGAUAAAGUUUUGGGGCUAUCUGAACACUUCAAGAAGGCAAAAAAUGUUAACAAAAUAGACCUGACUGUAGGAAUAUAUAAAGAUGGUUGGGGAAAAGUGACUACGUUUCCCUCCGUGGCCAGAGCCCAAAAGUUGAUUGAGUCACAUUUUGAACUAAAUAAUAAUCUAUCAUAUUUGCCGAUAACAGGUUCUAAAGAAUUCCAGGAAAAUGUUCUGAAUUUUCUUUUCAAGGAAUCGUGUCCCCAAUUUGGCCCAUUCUAUUUAGCUCAUGAUAGAAUCAGCUUCGUUCAGACUUUGAGUGGUACCGGUGCCCUAGCUGUAGCAGCUAAAUUUCUGGCCUUGUUUAUAUCCAGAGAUAUCUGGAUACCUGAUCCUUCGUGGGCGAAUCAUAAAAAUAUUUUCCAGAACAACGGUUUCGAGAAUAUUCAUCGCUAUUCCUACUACAAAGAUGGUCAGAUAGACAUUGACGGAUGGAUAAAACAAUUGAAAACCUUUGCAUAUAACACCCAAUCAGAAAACAAUAAAAAUCCACCCUGCAUCAUCUUACAUGCGUGUUGUCACAACCCUACAGGUCUCGACCCAACAAAGGAACAAUGGAAAGAAAUUAUAGAUACUGUAUAUGAGCUAAAUAUGGUACCCAUUGUUGACAUGGCUUAUCAGGGCUUAGAGUCUGGUAAUUUACUAAAGGAUGCAUAUUUAUUGAGACUAUGUCUCGACGUAAAUAGGUAUCCAAAUUGGAGUAACGGUAUUUUUCUCUGUCAAUCUUUUGCCAAGAAUAUGGGACUUUAUGGAGAAAGGGUUGGCUCCUUAAGCGUUAUCACGCCUGCCACUGCGAAUGAUGGAAAUUUCAAUCCUCUGAAACAGAAAAAUUCCUUGCAGCAGAACAUUGAUUCGCAAUUGAAAAAAAUUGUAAGAGGUAUGUAUUCUUCUCCACCAGGCUAUGGUUCUCGCGUAGUAAAUGUGGUAUUAUCAGAUAUCAAGUUGAAACAGCAAUGGUUCAAGGACGUUGACUUCAUGGUUCAGAGAUUGCAUUACGUGAGAAAAGAGAUGUUUGACCGUCUAGGAUGGCCUGAUCUUAUAAAUUUUGCACAACAGCAUGGUAUGUUUUACUAUACAAGAUUCAGUCCAAAACAAGUAGAAAUUUUGAGAAAUGAUUACUUUGUUUAUUUAACAGGUGAUGGUAGGUUGUCACUGAGUGGGGUGAAUGACUCUAAUAUUGAUUACUUAUGUGAAGCUCUUGAAGCAGUUUCAAAAAUGGACCAAUUCGCAUAG